AUCCACACCGUCAUCUGACGAUGGCCGGCGCAGGAUUGCGACACGGCCCUGCACCACUAAUGGCACACGUGUCUAAGCUUAGUCUCUGCAUGGCCGCAACUAUUCGCAGCUCAUACGGCCGACACUUUUUAUCAGCAGUCGUCUUAUCGCAAUUCUAACACCUGUCCAACGUAUCAGUCUCGUUAAAUAAGCAAGCUGCAACCUUCGUCGUCUUGAUUCUAUCUUUGUCUGGUAUCUUCAAACAGCGAAGAAAAAUAACAAAAAAGAAUCAAAGGAGUGUUUGUUUCCCGGGAAAAUAAUGGUGGCAAUGACGACGGCCAACACGACCGAGGAACCAAUUUUGUUCAGGAUGGACAGACUCGAUACAAUUCUGAGGCAGUUGGAGGAAAUCCGACGCUCGCAGUCGCAUUCACGUUCACAUACUCAUACGCCAAAGAGUAGCUCGCUUACGUCCACACCCUCGAGGACGAGCGGGACCCUCACGAGCGAGGGAGGGAAAUUACCCUCAUCCGCGGAGUUGAUCUCUCCCGAGAGCCUAGAGAAGCACUGCCGUCCGAUUGAGCACGUGAUGAUGGAGACCGACGCCAAGGGGUCGCUGAUCGAGCGGCUGGAUCACGUUGAGGACCGCGUGCUGAAGCUGUGCGUGCAGCUGGAGGAGGAGUUUAUGGAGAGUAGUGCCGAAAAGAAGAGAGGUGACGAGGCGGAGAUGAUCAAGAGGAGUGAGAAAGAGAGAGAGGAGAUGAUCAGGAGGAGUGAGAAAGAGGAGAAGAUUGAUAUCAGUGAGGUUGAGAGGACUCAAAUUGAUGUGAUUAAGAAAAAGAAGAAGAAGGGACUGAAGCAACUUAUUAAGCAGUCUGUUAUGGGAAAAGGAAAACCCAAUAAAUCAACUAACCUUUGAUUGAUUAGGGAUUUUUUUUUUCUCUCUGGACUUCUGUAUUUUGUUUUUUAAAGUUCUUUUAGUUCUCCAACUUCUCAGCCUUAGUUUGGAGAUUGAUGAGUGUGUAAUUAAUCAAGCGAGAACGUAACUGGUGUUGAAUUAGACUA